AUGCCUCCCGCCCGACGCCAACGCACAGCUGUACAACAACGCGCAGAGAAUGCAAAUCAGCCAUCGGUAAACGAUCUUCGACAACAAUGUCUAGAAAAAGGUUUAUCUGACCAUGGUCGUCGAAAUACGCUGGUCGCGAGACUGCAACAACAUGCUUCAACGUCGUCGACGAACAAUACCGCCACAGAAGCAGCGACAAUUGUUGAUAUUGCGAACAACAGCGAGCAAACACCACUCGUCGAGCGAAGAUCUGUGUCACACGAAAGCUCAAACGAAAACCCUCUGCUGAACGACGCUCAGUUGGCCCAAAUCCAAUCAAUCGUCGCGAAGACGGUCGAACAAUCGGUGAACGAUAUCGCAACAAACGCCGCUCGUGCUGCAGUACAAGCCAUGGCAACUGCGCCUUCGUCAGCGCCUACGAAUGAGCCACAACAAACCACGGGCAUGGAGCUUUGCCCAGUGUUGAUAAACCACACCACGCCAAUCUCGACGCCAAGGUUCCAAACGUUCGAGCCUGAAGCGCCACAUUCCUCUUCGCAGAGUCUUCCCGCUAGUAAUCAUCUCCCAUACGGACAAUCUUUCCACGACCUACCGGCAUCGUACGUGAAGAAGAUCCAGUCGG